CCCGCAGGUGCAGGAUGUCGGAAGGGGACAGCGCCGGCGACUCGGUGCACGGCAAGCCGUCGGCGGCGUUCAGGUUCUUCUCGAGGCUCGGACAGAUCUACCAGUCUUGGCUGGACAAGUCGACGCCUUACACGGCUGUGCGAUGGGUGGUCACGCUGGGCCUGAGUUUCGUGUACAUGAUCCGAGUUUACCUGCUACAGGGUUGGUACAUCGUCACUUAUGCCCUGGGGAUCUAUCACCUCAACCUCUUCAUAGCGUUCCUGUCCCCCAAGGUGGACCCGUCCUUAAUGGAGGACUCAGAUGAAGGCCCGUCCCUGCCCACCCGGCAGAACGAGGAGUUCCGGCCCUUCAUCCGGAGGCUCCCUGAGUUUAAGUUCUGGCACGCAGCGACCAAGGGCAUCCUGGUGGCCAUGGUCUGCACCUUCUUUGAGGCCUUCAAUGUGCCAGUGUUCUGGCCCAUCCUGGUGAUGUACUUCAUCAUGCUCUUCUGCAUCACCAUGAAGAGACAGAUUAAGCACAUGAUCAAGUACCGGUACAUCCCGUUCACGCACGGCAAGAGGACGUACGGGGGCAAGGAGGACAUGGGCAAGACGUUCGCCAGCUAGACCAGCGGCCCUGGGCCUAUGCGCCUUUCUCUCCACAUAAAGUAGCUGGUUAGGAGGGAGUCAGAUUUUCUUUUUAAAAAGGAGCUUCAGUUGUAAUGGAAAUAGCAGGUUCUCGAAGAAAGUGGCCUCUAAAAGGAAAUGCAUUUCUUUUCAGUGACGCUUGUCAGCGACAAGUGGGGACAGUCAGGUGGGCAGGGAGGGCAGAGACCUGUGUGAGAGCAGCCACCUACCACCCUGACCCCUGCAGGACCCACUGGACGGCACCCAGUUCUGGCUCUCGGCCUGUGUCCUCUUGCCUCGCCAGAGGUGCCGCCAGCCACUGUUGUGAGGACUCAAAACUCUUCCACUUCGGUGAUUGCUUGGAGGGCCUGGGAGUUUAAAUAUAUAUUAUAUUUUAAUUGUCCGAGAGGAUUUUGACACGUUUCUUUGACACAUAAGGAGCCUGGUUUGGAGUCAAAUCCCUCUGGUCUCCUGUACUGGGGGCUGGCGCGAGCUGACCUGCCCAGAGAGGACCCGCAGCUCUGGCCUGCAUGCCAACUUUCUGAUAAAAUGAGAUUCUCUUGAGCGUUUUCCUUGGUGACUUUUUAAUUCCACCCUGAUUAAAGACUGUCCCCUUCUCGUGUA